ACCUUCUUUUUUGAUAUCCGGUUAACGCAAGUGGUUCGUCUUUAAUUUUUCCCUCUUAAUUUUUGCGAAAAAAAACCCGACUUUGAGCCCCUAAACUUAAAAAAUGUGCCUUCCUCCAGAGUGUUCAGAGCGUCGACUGAAAAUGACAAACAAGCUGCCCGGCAGCUAAUUUUUUUUUACAUUUUUUGUUUUGUUUGUUCGCACGCAUUUGUUUUUAUUUGUGAAACACGUGGUAUAAAUGUGGAAAUUCCCUUGCUAUUCCCGCAGUUGCUGAUCGACAAACAAACCCAGAAUGGCACCCAGGAAGGCUAAAGUUCAGAAGGAGGAGGUUCAGGUCCAGCUGGGACCCCAAGUUCGCGACGGCGAGAUCGUGUUCGGAGUGGCUCACAUCUACGCCAGCUUCAACGACACCUUCGUCCAUGUCACUGAUCUGUCCGGCCGUGAGACCAUCGCUCGUGUCACCGGAGGCAUGAAGGUGAAGGCCGAUCGUGAUGAGGCUUCGCCCUACGCCGCUAUGUUGGCCGCUCAGGAUGUGGCUGAGAAGUGCAAGACACUGGGCAUUACUGCCCUGCAUAUUAAGCUGCGUGCCACCGGCGGCAACAAGACCAAGACCCCCGGACCCGGCGCCCAGUCCGCUCUGCGUGCUUUGGCCCGUUCGUCCAUGAAGAUUGGCCGCAUCGAGGAUGUGACGCCCAUCCCAUCGGACUCCACCCGCAGGAAGGGCGGUCGCCGUGGUCGUCGUCUGUAGAUGGCAGUAUCUGGAAAGCAGUAGUCUAUGUUUGCGGUCGAAAUACAAUACUGCAUUUGUGUAUGCGAUAAGAAAGCUUUUCUGUUCGUGUGCAUAGGUGCACUGUAAUAAACCAGGAAAAUACGAUGU